CCCCACGCGGUCCUCUUCUCCUCUUUUCUUCGUUAUUUGCAGAGAGCGCGGGAUGCUUUCUCUACCCUAGGUUUCAAAGUUCCUCUCUCUCUCUCUCUCUCUCUCUCUCUCUCUCUCUCUCUCAUGCGAGCUGUGAAUUAAAGCGCUGCAAUGGCGACACCAUCUACUUCAAACUCUACAAAAUCAGUCGAUGCCUCACUAUGGUGGGAACCUUUCAAUGGAUUUCUCACCGAACUUGAAAACGCCUCCGUCUCCUCCAAGCUCCCACAAUCAUUGGAGAAGAAGUUGAAGGAUAAUUACGACUGGUUUCUGGGAACCACUUCUAAAUUCAGACCGCCAAAUUCGAAAUCGAGGGAGGCAUUGGAUUCGACGUGUGUCAAGAUCGGUCUGCAAGAGUUGAAUAUACAGCCUCGAUUGAAAGAUGCGGCGCUCAUGAUUAGUUCUACAUUGUGUUUAGAUGAGGUGCAAUCGUAUAUCAUUGUUCAAAGAUCACUGGAGCACAACGAUGCAGCAGUCAGUGAUGUAAACACAAAUAUUCUCAAUUUGGUUGUACUUGAGUACUACUCUGAACGGCAAUGCUUAUUGAAGUGCACAAGACAGAUCCUUAUGCAUGCCUUAUAUUUUGGAUCUGAAUCAGGAGGAGGUUCUUCUGUACUGAAGGAGGCACAUCAGUUAAUUUCUGAUGGACUAGAAUUUAAAUUGCUGUCUAUCUUCCAAGAUCUCUUGUCUUCUAACUAUCCCGAGCAGAUGGAUGUUGAUCUCUACACUUUAUGGGCUGAGGAGACACUUAUAGAGGACAACUUAGUUCUUGACAUUCUUUUCCUUGUUUAUUACGAGUCCUUAUGCACUUGUGAUGCCAAAUGCUGGAAAAGAUUGUGUACAAUAUAUGAGGGACUUGUCACCGGGUCUUACAAUUUCCAGAAACUGGCAAUAUCGCCUGAUGCUAUUCUUGCUAUUUAUCAUGCUAAAGUGCAGCUGCUACUUAUCCUUAUUGCGUCUUUAAACCUGGAAAAUCUCCUUCAAAUGAUCCACGACAAUGUCCCUUUCAGGCAGGGAUCCAUCAUCUUUUCAGAGAUGGAUAUUCAACAAAUGGAUGAAACAAUUUCUAGUCUCAACGCUUUUGCGGCCAAAGAAGCGGGCCCUCUGAUCCUUGCAUGGGCUGUAUUUCUAUGUCUCAUUUCUUCUCUUCCAGGAAAAGAGGAAAAUAGUCUGCUGACGAAGAUAGAUCACAUGGGUUAUGUUCGUCAAGCUUUUGAGGCUUCAUCUUUGGCAUAUUUUCUCGAAAUUCUACAAAGUGACACAUUGAAUUUUUCAGAUGGCCAUCUAGCAGGUUGUCGAAGUGUUUUAAGAACGUUUAUAUCGGCAUUUAUUGCAUCGUACGAGAUUAAUCUCCAGUUUGAGGAUGAUAAUUUGAAAUUGAUAUUGGAUAUAUUAUGCAAAAUCUACCGAGGAGAGGAAUCUCUUUGCAUCCAGUUUUGGGAUAAGGACAGUUUUAUUGAUGGUCCUGUCAGGUGUCUUCUUUGCAACCUAGAGGGUGAAUUUCCGUUCAGGAUUACUCAACUUGUAAACUUGUUAUCGGCCCUUUGUGAAGGUGCAUGGCCAUCAGAAUGUGUAUUUAAUUUCCUUGAUAAGUCUGUUGGGCUAUCAACUCCUAUUGAGCUAAGCAGUGACUCUGUGGUGGAUGCUGCUUCAAACUUUGUUGAAACACGUUUUCCAUUGCCAGUUGCUGGUGUUGAAGGUUUGGUAAUUCCUAGCAAAUCUCGGGGUCAAGUGUUGAGAAUGAUUGAUGAAAAUUGUGCUUUGGUGAGAUGGGAGUACCCAGAAUCUGGAGUUCUUGUGCUGCUUUUGCGUUUGGCUCAACAGCUGUAUUUGCAAAACCCUGAGGAGCUCAUAGUUAUUCUUGAUUUGCUCAGUCGGUUGGUGACUUUUAGUACGGCUGUUCGUUAUUCUCUUACGGAUGCUUGGAAUUCAUUCCAUGAUAAAGAACUGAGCAUGGGGAAUCAAGACAAGUAUAUGCGUGUUGAUGUUGUUGAAAUUGUUUGUUCUUUGGUGAAAAAUCUCUCCCCUAGCGUGAAUGGUGCAGUAAUGAUGUCCAUGUGUGUUAAUAUAUUGACGAAGAUGUUGAUAUGCUUGCCAUCUCAUGCAGCUACAGUGUUCACGAAGGGAAAUAUAUUCGAUGUUGACCUGAGGACGAACCCCUUCGAUAUGGGCUCCAACGGUUUAUCAAGCGGAUCCUGGUUACUUUCUGGAAGACUUGCCAAAAUGCUUUUGAUUGAUUGUGAGCAGAGUGAUUGCUCAAUGACUCUGGCAGUGCUUGACUUCACCAAAAGUCUACUGGAGACUGGUUUAGAAACCGAUACUGUCCUUGCUCUCAUUAUUUUCUCCCUUCAGUAUGUUCUUGUUAAUCAUGAAUUCUGGAAAUAUAAGGUGAAGCGUGCUCGAUGGAAGGUUACAAUGAAGGUGCUCGAAGUCAUGAAGAAAUGUAUCUCCUCUAUCUCAUGCUGUCCAAAACUGGGGGAAAUUGUUUGUCAUAUUAUGCUUUUUGAUUCUUCUAUCCACUCUACACUUUUUCGAAUUGUUUGUACGACUGCGACAAGCUUAGAGAAACUUUACGUGUCCCGUCUUUUUGACACUCUGGAUAUUGAGGGACUGCAACAAGCAAUAUCCUGUGGGUUGGAUGUCCUGGUCAGUAUGAUAUCUACCUUUUCAAAGGAUUCACCCGGUCUUCCGAUUUUUCAUCAAGCGAUUUUCUCACCGAUGACAAAGCCAAUACCUGUGAUCACUGCGGCCAUAUCAUUAAUAUCAUACUUUCGGGAUCCUAAGAUACAAAUAGGUGCUGCAAGGUUGCUCUCUGCGUUAUUUGUUGAAGAUUUUUCACAAUCGUAUACUUACAGUAAUGCGAGUCUUGGAUUGGAUGAUAAGCAGGUUGCCAAUUUCAGGAAAUCUAUUUGCAAUAUUCUUUCUGAGCAGCCACCUUGCAACGAUGACCUCAUUAUUGCUACUCUGAAGCUCCUAACGGCAGCUGCACGUAAUCAGCCUGCUUUUCUCACUGCCGUCAUUUCAUCGAAAGAAAAUUUGAGUGCUCAAGUGCUGAAUGCUGACUCUGAACAUCAGCCAAAUAAAAGUGAGAAUGUAUCAUUAGAUUCCAAGGAAGAAAGUCUUCUGAAUGCAGUUCUGCGAUGUCUAAAAAAGUCUGAAGAUUUAUUUCAUAGCAAUCCCAGUAUGCUAGUAUGCUUGUUGAACUUCCUGAGGUCACUGUGGCAAGGUGCACCUCAGUUUAUGAAAACUUUGGAGCAGUUGAAAGUUUCAGAGAAUUUUUGGGGACAAGUGUCCUAUUCGGUCCUGCUUAUCACUAGUAAUAAAGGAAAGUUGGAGGAGUUGGCUGGAAAGGAGCUUCAUUACGGAUAUCAACUUCUAUCAAAUGUAUUGGAUAUACUUGGUUAUGAGAUAUUCCUGCAAAAAAAGUUGAUGCAUGCCCAGAUGGUUGUCAACCAAAUAUCUAAACCACCAAUUAAUGGGGGAGAAAACACUGUCGGUUCCAAAUGCACAGAAAGUAAAAGUAAUAGCCUGAAGGAGAUGAUUUCAACCUGGUUUAAGAGUUCACAGUUGGGUGACCUGAUCAAGGCUUGUGUUUCUUGGGAAUAUGAUGCCAGCAGUCAGCGUGCAAAGGUUGCUGUUCUAUUUGCUGUGCAAGCAAUGGUGAAAUUAAGAAGUCGUGACUCGGGUAGUUUGUCUGUGUCACUAAUUGAAAGGAUUGUUACGUUGUCUCAAAAGUUGUGCAAGUUACCAGCCUUUACGGAAUUGUUAACUCAGUACACUCAAUGUGGCUACAGUGUAGGAGAGGAGUUGGAGACUUUGAUACUAAGCGAUCUAUCUUACCACGUCCAAGGAGAGCUUGAAGGCCGUCAGAUUGACAAUAGACCUUUUAAAGAGUUGUUCCAGUUCUUGCUAGAUUCCAAUAUCUUGGAUGCUUAUAAUCACAAACAAGAUGACGAUGUUUUAGCAAAUGUCAAAAGUAUUUACCUGUAUGAUACUGUUCGCCUCAGGGCAGACCUGGGAUUAGAAAUGUGGGAUCGGUUGGCAUGGAAAGAAAUUAAAGAAGUCGCACAAACUAUGCUCCUUUGCCUGCAAGAUGCAAAUUCAAGAAUGCUGCACUCAAAUUCCAAGCUUUCAGCUUUAAGAGGGCUAAUUAUGCUGUUAUAUAUGCAUGAAGGCAAUUUAAAAAAGGAUGAAGAUUUGACCGCGCUUAAGAUUCCCGAUGAAGUUGUUUCAUCAUGCAUCAACCACACGUGUCAAUGUCUCCAUAGCACCCUAGAAUCUUUGACUCCUGCUCCUGUUGAUAGUGAAGAUGUGCUUGAUAUCGUUACAGCUCAAGCAGAGCUACUGCUAUUCCUUGUCAGAUCUAUAAGUAAUAAUCUCUCUCAACCUGAUUGUGUUCUCAUCUUGAAGACCUCUGGAUAUGGUCUCAAACUAUUGUGCAGCUAUAAGCCAUCUCUUGUUGUUCGAACAGCUAAAAAGUUUUUGCUUAUGUUGAUCGUCAGCUCAGUAGAGUUUUCUAGCGUGGAUUUGUGUUCAGACGUAAGUGGAACUGAAUCUGUUGAAGGUUCUACCGAGGUAUCUAAUUCGUGUUUGGGAUUAUUACCUAUUCUUUGCAACUGCAUUCAAGACCCUGAACAAUAUACCCUGUCCUUGGCUACUAUUGAUUUAAUAUUGAAAGGUUUUUCUUCACCUGCUACUUGGUUUGCCGUUAUCCAAAAACAUCUUCCGUUGCAGCAUCUUGUUCAGAAGCUUCAUGAUAGAACUCUAUCCAGUAAUGUUUCUGUUACACUGAAAUUUCUUUUGAACCUUGCACGUGUGCGUCAUGGUGCUGACAUGCUACUGAAUGCUGGUAUCCUUGCAUCUAUAAAGACGUUAUUUUCCGACUUUUCUGAAGGUGGGCCUUUCUCUGUUAUCCAAAGUGAGAGAAUCUUCUCCAGCCAAUCAGACAAAAGUGAAAAGCCUGAACCUGUUUGGGGACUGGGUUUAGCUGUACUUACAGCACUUAUUCAGUCUCUUGGAGAAAGUUCUUCCGCUAGUAUCAUUGAUCAUCUCAUGACUUGCAUAUUGGUUGAGAAAGCACCUUUGGUUUCGUAUUACCUUAGUGCACCUGAUUUCCCAACCGAAGGUCAUGAAAACAAAAGAGCUCGUGCGUUGAAAUCAAAUAUUUCUUUAAGCGAGCUUAAAGAAACACAAAAUACUUUGGCACUAAUCUGUGUCUUAGCUAAACAUCGAAGUUCAUGGAAGAAAAUCUUGCAAAAUAUGGAGUCUCAGUUAAGGGAGAAAAGUAUCCAUUUAUUAGCCUUCAUAAGCCGGGCAACUCAGCGCCCUGGAGAAUCAUUUAGAGGAGAGGCUCCUCUAUUGUGCCAUCCUGUGCUCAAAGAAGAGUUUGAGUGGUAUAAGAAGCAGCCUUUUAUUAACAGCAGAAAUGGUUGGUUUGCUCUGUCUGCUCUCGGUUGCAAGUUAAACCCCAAAUUCGCCCAUUUGUCUUCUAGAACAACUGCUCUCACCUUGAGAGAUCAGUCAAAAGACAGUGCUAAUGUAUCUCCUCAGACGCAUUUAUCGGACUUAAUUGCAAUUGAAAUGUACAAGAUUGCAUUUCUUCUCCUGAAUUUUUUGUGCACACAAGCUGAAAGUGCUGCCAGGAAGGCGGAGGAGAUUGGUUUUGUUGACCUUGCACAUUUUCCCGAGCUACCUAUGCCUGAUAUCUUACAUGGCUUGCAGGAUCAGGGAAUAGCCAUUAUCACUGAAUUGUGUGAAGCCGAUAAGAUGAAACAGCUUGCACCAGAAAAACAGCAGAUCUGUCUCUUGCUUUUACAAGUAACAGUCAUGGCAUUGUACUUGGAGUUCUGUGUCAUUCAAAUUUGCGGCAUAAGGCCCGUAUCAGGCCACGUGGAGACCUUCUCCAAGGAACUUCGGCUUCUUGUUAGAGCAACUGAGGGCCAUGUUUUUCUGAAAGAGCCGUUGAAAACCUUGAAGCAAAUUGUAUCCUUCGUGUAUCCCGAGUUAACUCAGCAAGAAGCCUUAUUUUGACAUAGUAGGUGUAUAUAUUUCUUACAACUAUCAGUCAAUCUUCGAUGUAAAAUUUUAUGUUGUCUCCAGUAGAGGCUUAUUUGUUGUCUAAUUGAGUAUAUAUAUAUAUUCCGCGAACAUGUGUUUGCAGGACUUACAGAGAUUUACAUUUCGUUUCAUGCGUUGAGAACUCGUCAGAAUUUGUAACUUUUUACGACAAAAAUCGUCUUACUUUUUAUGACCCAAUGAAUGCUUUCUUAACGUA